AUGAUUCGACCCUCUAUAUCGCCCAGAAAGAGUAUCGUCGAAAGACGAUUAACUGUACGAAGAGAAACUCAAAAAUUGAUUAUCGAACCAUCAUUAUUAGAAAAAAGACUUUAUGAAGCAUUUGAUGUGUUUGAUAAUGCUAGGAUUGGAGAAGUAAAUGUUAGAGAUUUGGGAACUAUAAUUAGAGCAUUAGGAUGUGUUAUCACAGAAGCUGAGUUACAAGAAAUUCAAGUAGAAGUUGAAGAUGUCGAGAAUAAUUGUGUGCCAAUAAACAGAUUUAUAGAAUACAUGAGCAAGGCAAUCAGUGAACGCAAGUUCAAACCAGCAGAACCAGAAGAAUUAUUGAAAGCAUUCCAAUUAUUAGAUCCUGAAAAUCAUGGAUAUAUCAUGAAAGAAGAUUUAGAGAAAUCAAUUAUGGAAAUUGGAGAGCCAUUUACAAAAGAAGAAGUGGCCGAUAUGAUGGCCGUAGCUUGCGACGCAGAAACUGGAAAAAUUAAUUAUGAACAUUACAUCAAUUUGCUAAUCGUAAAAAUUCCCAAAGACAUUAAUGUAUAUAAUAUUGUUGAUGAAAUGGAAGCUACGAAAUUGGCAGAGGAGCUUGCUCUAAAGAGCAAAUGGGAAAGCAUUUUAUUUCAACAAGAUGCUGACCUGACAUAA